AUGUUUACCGGAACGAAAAAGUUCUGGAUUGACACAUCUGACAGAGUUGCUUGGGAGGCCAUGGCUGGCAUUCAAGAGGAUCGUGUUUCUUCAUACUCUGCUGAUGGGCAAGAACGUCUUCCUUCUGUUUCUAUUGCAGAGGAAUGGAUGCUAACAGUGUAUGCCUGUAAGGAUAGAGCUCUUUUAACUCGUUUAGUCUUUGAGCGAGGCAGCACUGAUGCAGCUGGAAAGGUUGCUGAAAUUAUGUCUGCUGAUUUUGUUCAUGAAGUGAUUUCAGCUUGUGUACCACCAGUUUAUCCUCCGAGGUCCGGCCACGGAUGGGCAUGCAUUCCAAUUGUUCCUACCUGCCAUGGUAGUUUCUCUGACAAGAAAGUACUUUCCCCCUCUUCUAAAGAAGCUAAGCCCACUUGUUACAGCCGUUCCUCAGCAACACCUGGAAUUCCUUUGUACCCUCUCCAGUUGGAUAUAGUAAAACAUUUGGUUAAAAUAUCACCUGUUAGGGCUGUCUUGGCCUGUGUUUUUGGUAGCAGUAUAUUGUAUGGUGGGAGUGACUCAACUAUAUCUAGCUCGUUGAAUGAUGAAGCACUGCAGGCACCUGAUGUUGAUCAUCAAUUUUAUGAGUUUGCUCUUGAUCAAUCUGAGAGGUUUCCAACUUUAAACCGGUGGAUACAGAUGCAAACCAAUCUCCAUCGAGUUUCAGAGUUUGCUGUAACAGCCGAGCAAAAGGCUGAUGAUGGCAAGGUUAAGCAUGAAGCAAGAGCCGCUAUUAAGAGGUUUCGUGAGAAUGACAGUGAUACUGAAUCAGAAGUUGAUGAAAUUGUUGGUAGCAAUAACGUUUCAGCAUCUUUAGCGGACCUCAGUGGUCAAGAUGGUGCAGCUCCAAACACUUGGCGUGAUUCUUUUAAAUCUGAAAAUGCAGAAGAUGAUACAAAAGUUUUCCUUUCUUUUGAUUGGGAGAAUGAAGACCCAUAUGAGAAGGCUGUGGAGCGGUAUAUUCCAUUCUUCUUGCAAAAUAUUAUUUUAUUUUGA